AUAACACGAGCGAGACGGUAUAAAAACUCGCAUUAGGGAAAUGCUGUUGGCAGUAAGGAAUUAGUCUCCAUCCUGACGAGAACCUUAAGCCGCCCUCCAACAGCACAGCAGUGAUCCUGCGUGAAGUGACACCAACUCUAGACAUCACUCGAGAACAUGAGGCUGCACCUGACUCUAGCACUGCUUGCAGUGGCUGCUUCGAAACUCAGGGCCGAGUCGGAUGAUCUCGACACGUCGAAACUGAAGCCGGUGGGUUACUACGGCAAAGCGAAGGAUGAAGUCGAUACCAAGCAGCUCAAGCCAAGGAAUUACUAUGCUAAAACGUUGCCUGACGCGCCGAAGCUACCCACGCGGAAGAUCGUGAACGAGGUGCCGGCGAGUCGCGGCCAGUUCCCGCACCAGGCAGCGCUAGUGUUGGACGAGGGCGGCUUCUGCGGCGGCUCGCUGAUCAAGCCGCAGUGGGUGCUCACAGCGGGGCACUGCACGCACACUAUCCGCUCCUUCAAGGUUUACCUGGGCGCAGGAAAUCUAAAAGCCAGAGAGUACGGGCGUGUGUCUAUGAUGACAUAUCACAAGGUUGAACACUCAGGCUUCAAUAUCAACACUCUUCACAACGACGUAGCAUUGCUGCGACUUCCAUCGCCCGUCGCCUACAACCAGUUCAUCCAGCCCAUACCAUUGGCGAAUAGUUAUAACACUUAUGAAAACCACCGUGCCCAAGUCAGUGGUUUUGGGAAGACAUCAGAUUACUCGUCUUCGGUGAGCGACACUCUGAACUAUGCGGAUCUGGCCGUGAUCAACAACAACGACUGCCUGAGGUAUUACAGCCCUUCUCUGAUCCUCGCCUCGACUCUGUGCUGCACGACUGUCUCUGGCGGCAGCACCUGCAAUGGCGACAGUGGUGGUCCUCUGGUGAGCAACGAAGGAGGCUACCCCGUUCAGAUCGGAGUAGUGAGCUUCGUGUCAAGCAAAGGAUGUUCAAGUGGCUACCCAGCAGGAUAUGCCCGUGUCUCGUCCUUCUAUCCUUGGAUUAUGUCAAAUGCUAGAGACUAAUAACUAAUUAACUAAACCUACAAUCAUUGACAUUGCAUUGUUAUUUUAUUUCAAAAGUAAAAAACAAAUCUACUGUGUAUUAAAAAAAAAUUCCAGCAUA